GACGUUCAGUCUCCAGCGCGCAUGCGUCGUGAGCUGCGUCGCGAUCACAUUCAUCAUCGCAUAAGGGAAUAAAAGCUUUUGAAGCGCCAGAUAAUAAGAAGGCAAACUAUUAUUCAAGUCCGCACGAGGGCAGGAGACACAGGCGUUUUGAUGCACGAGGCUCGAUUAGAUGCGGAAAUGGAAAACAUGACGCACAGUGACGUCUUCUCUUCCUGUCACUGGCAGGAGGAGCAGGAGGAGGAAGAGGAGGAGGAGAAUUUUCCCCUUCACCCCCACUGGACUCUGGUCAGGACCUCAGUACAGAGAAAGCUCAGGCAGGCAAACCAAGUGUAGAAGAUGAAGAAGCUGGUGGUGUUUUUGCUCUGCCUGGUCCUGCUGACUGCUUACACAGAUGCCAAUCCUAUCAUCAAGGAGAGCCUUGCAAAGCAGCUGCUCCGCAGCAAGAGGCAGGAUCGGCCAUUGAAGGCCGGCCACCCCGAUGAGCCAAUGAGGGAGCAUCUGCUGCACAUGCAGGCCCUUGAUCAGAGGGCCCAGGAGACCAACAUGGAGUACUGGCUCAAUCCUCACUGCCCCCCUCGCUGUGACAGGAACUACGGACACCCCGUUUGAGGAUGAUGACAAAGGACCAGACGUGACAACAUGGACUCAACAAUGGCAUCAGUGAAAACUCUUGACAACCAGAAGGACAGAGAGACUAUCCCCUUCUACUUAAAUGAAAUGACCAUGAGCAGAAUGAGUGCAAAAUAAAUGGUCUUCAUGCUUAUAUAACCUGAUUGUAUAGCAGCAGUGUAGUUUGCUGUUUCCAGCAGUUUCAACAUGUAUUCUCGGUUGUGUAACAGAAUGAGAGAACAGUGAAUGCAAUUACAAAUAAAUCAGAAUGCAUGAGUGCCUUCAAUCUGGGUAAAAGA